UACUCACCCAACCAUGGCCAGCAUAAAUCCAAUCAUCUUGCCGUAUUACUUUGGGGCUCCAUGGCUUCCAUCAUAUAGCGGAGAUGUUCGAGGUUCUGAAGGGAACACAUGGACUGAAUUUAGGAACAAAAUGAAGUCAUUGUUCCGUUUAUACCAAUUGAGCAAACAACAGCAAGUGGAGAUUCUUAUGGGGCAGCUAAAAGGCACAGCCCUGAGAGAGGUGACUUCAUGGCCAGAGGAAAAAAGAGAAACCGUAGGCCUCAUCUUAAACCGACUAGCUGCCACAUUUGAAACAAGACCGUUAUCUGAACUUAAGGUGGCUUUUUACACGAGAAAGCAGCGGCCAAGAGAAACACUGCGUGACUUUGCACUUAGUCUUCAGGAGGCACUUCGAGCAUUACAGGCCAUAGAUCCAACAGAAAUUCGGCCAACAGAUGAAAUAUUGAUUAAUCAAUUUAUAGAGGGAUCCCAUGGUGAGAUAGUGAAGUCGCAUUUACGCCUCCUUCAGCUACAGUUAUCAAAUAGCUCAUUUUUGGUCUUCAAAGAAGCUGCCAUUAAAGUGGUAGGGACGUUACAGAUGCAAGAAAUGUCCUGCCCUGAGAUGUUGGGAAUCCAAGAAGAAAAAUACCCUCCAGAGAUCACAAAUCUGAAAUUGGAUCUGCACUCACCUAAAGAAGUUGUUGCACAGGGUGAUCAGGUGCCAAGGACCGAUCUAUUAAGUACUAUAGGAGUGCAAGUCGCUGAGCUGACCCAUGGGAUAAAUGAAAUGAUACAGCAAUUGCAGUAUUUCAUGCAGCAACAUGAAAAGUGCAGAGGAGAGACAAACUGGAGCAUCGAUGAAAGACAGCCCAGAGAUGUGGACCUUCAUGUUGUAGACCAGAAUCAAACUGAAGUGAUCACAACACCAGCUACAGACCCAGAGCCUGUAGUCAGUGCAAGGAAAGUUAUGGGGAAAGUCGUUUGGUUUAACGUGUGGUUUGGUUAUGGCUUUAUAAAUUGUCUUGACACCAAAAAAGAUGUGUUUGUACAUUAUACUGACAUAAAGGAGAACAACCACCGGAAUUAUUUCCAAAGUCUGGAGAGAGGAGAAACGGUUGAGUUUGAUGUUGUGAAUGGAGAAAAAGGUCCGCAGGCAGCUAAUGUAACUGGUCCUGGUGGUGCUCCAGUGCAAGGCAGUAGAUAUGCAGCAAAUCGCAAGCAUUAUUGUCACAGAGGUGCUCCAUGUGAUUAUCAGCAAAGCUGCCAAUACAGUGAAGGUGGAGAGGAGAGCAAAGAAGUUGAGAAUGUGGCAGAAAGUGCAUAUCAACCACAGCAUGAUGGGACAUGUUGCUACCCACUGUAUGAGGAAAUGGCGGAGGAGAGAGUUGACACUGUGCAGCAGAGCCUGCAAGACAUAAUCCGACCACAGCUUCCUCCAGAUCCAGCAUGUUCAGGUGAGGCCAGAGUCAAGGACAUCGGUUCCAGUGCGGCCUGCCUUGAUCAGGCAGAUUCAGGUGUAGCCGACCAGGAAGAAGUCACAGAGAAAGUGAUCUACAUGGCUGCAGCAGAAGCCUUGGAAGUUUCCUCUAAACCCAUUGCACCAAAUUCCGUUAUGUCAAUGUCUGAACCUCAUAUUCCUGCAAAACCCUCUAAUAAAACAAAAGAGGCUGUAACAUGGCUUUUCCCAGAGUGGCAUUGCAAAGACUGUGAAUACACCACAAUAAGCGGUGAAGAGUUUGUCUCAAUUUUGCAACAGUCAUCAAGAAGAUCAGGAAAGAGGCCCAAAGGGAUUUCUUCCCAUUAGAUACUGGCAAAAGAAAAUGUAAAAGUGAUUAUAUAACAAACAUAUCAGUUUAUACAAUAGUUUUGGGAAAAGUAAGUGUUAGAAGUGUUUAAUGUUACUGUUGCUAUAUGGCAAACUGACAGUGUUAAUGUUUAUGGUAAAUUUGUAAAACUUAAAGUGAAGUCUUGAAAGUUAAAACAGAACGUCUUCUAAUGUUAUUUAUGUUAAAUAUAGUGUAAUGUAAAGAUGUAUUUGAAUUUCACAGCUGCAAGGUUGUUUGCUGAUAUGCGUGAGGACACGCAUAAUUCUAGUGGGCUGAUAUGUGACACCCCAACAGAGUUGCCACGGACAUUUAACUUAUUUCUGCGCCCUUUUUCCCCCUCUACAAAAUACAGCCUGGCUAAAUGCUUUGAGACUUCAGCAAGGAAAGGGUUAAGAACAUUUUCUAUGCUAUAGCUGUCAUGCGCUUGGACAGUUAACAGCCGUGUGCCGAGUCUGUUGGCAGUUGGGCGGCGGCCAUCUUAGGAGGAUGAGCAGAGUGGAACAGGACCUAGGAGCAGAAGGUGCUGAGCUGAUUUGGUGGUGUACAUGGUGACCAAAGGAGACUCCUUACCUGAUCUUCAAUAAAUCAGAGUCCAGCAGCUGACAAAGAGAGUGUCUAUGGAGUGCUGAGCUGAUUUGGUGGUGUACAUGGUGACCAAAGGAGACUCCUUACCUGAUCUUCAAUAAAUCAGAGUCCAGCAGCUGACAAAGAGAGUGUCUAUGGAGUGGUGAGCAGACUACGUCAGCCCUGAGGCAAAAUAGCCACUUCUAGUGAGAUCCAGGAGCCCCAUUGUAUGUAGAUUAUACAUUCUCACACUCCAUAGUAGCAGUCUCAGUAAUUGCUGAAUGAUCUAAUUGACUGUCACAAACUCCCUGCUGAAAUACCCUGGUAUACUAGAGAUCACAGUUUUAUACAGUAAAUUAGCCAGUUUCUAUAGUAAUAACACCCUUUAUGAGACUGAUAAGAGCCAUCAAAUAGCAGUAAGCACCUCUGCGCAGAAGCAGACAGUCACGUGCUGCAGUUUUCUCAGCACACAGCCAGAACUUUGUAGUGCAGUAAGGAACAAUACUGUCUUAGUUACACAGACAGCUUAAAGGAUUCAGGACUCAAUAUCACAGGGGCCUGCAGCUGAUGUACUGCUCUCAGUCAGACAGUGUACAUGUAACAAUUGAGUACAGUAACCUUUUUGGAGUACAAGUCAGUAGCCCUGUUUCACCAACUACUCAUCGCAAGCCCUUGCAGAGAUAAAGAGACUGCUCAUAACAGGGACAGAGACACCUUAGCUGCCUAUAUUGCGUUUAAGGAUGAGACAGGAUCAAGUGGCACAGUUGUAAACCUACUUAUUGCCUGACACAGUCAUGUGGAUAUCGCAGAGAGCCUCCUUUAAGAAAAUAGCACUUACAGUACAAUCAGUUAAUAUUACAUCCAGACUAGCAAAAUAGACUCACAGUUGCCUAAAAUUAGCGUGCUGCAUCAUAUUAGAAGUUACAAAACUGCCUGGUUGGACAGAACCAGCUACACUUCAUUUGUUGUAAUCCAUCCAUUGCUACCUUCAUCCAAGACUUGUAUUAACUAUUCUCAGGAUAUAACUUUCCUAGAAAGGUGCACUAUACUCAAUGUAGCUAGCUACAAAACUAAAGGUUUUUACGGGGCCCCAAUUAUAAGAGUAUCUUCAAGUGAUUGCUUAAAACUUUAUAUUAGUGUGUAAGGAUUGUCAAAUGUGGAUAUUGUUUCUUGUGCUUUAUUGUUCUUUGCAUGAAAAUGGUAUGUGACUAGCAUAGACAUUGAGGUUAAUCUAAAUUGCCAGUAUAUGAGAUAAUCUCAAAUUUCUACAGCUGAGAAAAACUUAUAGCAGUGUUUCAGUAGAAUAAAAAUUCAUAUAGAGAAA